AUGGAUCCAAGCAAAUACUUGUUUGAAAAGCCUGCGUUGACUGGAAGAAUUUCCCAUUGGCAGAUGAUAUUAUCAGAGUACGAUAUCCAAUAUUGUGCCCAAAAAGCUAUCAAAGGAAGUAUUUUAGCGGACCAUCUGGCCUCCCAACCUAUUGAUGAUGACCAAUCCUUGCAAGACUACUUCCUAGACGAAGAGAUCAUGUAUUUGAAAUUAAAAGAUUAUGAGGAACCUUUACAUGGAGAAGGACUUGAUCCUGAAUCCCGAUGGGGUUUGAUAUUUGAUGGAGCUGUUAAUACUUAUGGUAAAGGAAUUGGGGCAAUCAUUGUUAUGCCACAAGGUUCUCAUGUACCAUUUACUGCAAGACUGAUGUUCGACUGCACCAACAAUAUGGUAGAGUAUGAAGUUUGUAUCAUGGGACUAGAAGAAUGGGAAACUCGUCAUCCUGGUUUAAUUCCUUACAAAGAUUAUGCUCGAAGACUGCUAACCUUCUUCAACAAAGUUGAAUUCCAUCACAUACCUCGUGAGGAAAAUCAAAUGGCAGAUGCAUUGGCUACCUUAGCUUCCAUGUAUCAAGUGAAGUUUCCAAAUGAAGCUCUUCAAAUUACAACCAUGCGCCUGGAUAAGCUGGGUCAUGUAUUCACCGUUGAAGCUAUCACAGAUGACAAGCCGUGGUUUUAUGACAUUAAAGUCUUCUUGCAAAAACAAGAGUACCCACCGGGGCAUCUUGCAAAGACAGAAGAACUUUGA